AAAAAAUCAAACAUCAUGAAGAGUGCAACAGAGGUUCCAAAGAUGGAGAGAAAAACAGUUGAAAAGAAUAGAAGGUUGCAUAUGAAACGCUUGUGCUCUCAACUCUCAUCUUUCAUCCCCAAAGAUGAAUUUUCCAACUCCAAGGAGGUGUUGACACAGCCAGAUCAUUUGGAGCAAGCAGCAAAGUAUAUAAAGGAAUUGAAAGAAAGAAUAGAGAAGUUGAAGGAGAAGAGAAGAGGGAUGAUGAUGAACAUUGAAGGAAUGGAUAUUGGAUGUAAUUUACCAGUGAUUGAAGUUAGACAUCUUGAUUCAACUUUGGAAGUGCUUCUUAUCAGUGGGAUUCAUAGCAAGAGCUUUAUGUUUUAUGAAGUUAUUUCUCUUCUUGAAGAAGAAGGUGCUGAGGUUCUUAAUGCUAAUUACUCUGUUGUUGGUGAUAAGAUUUUUCAUACUAUUCAUUCCCAAGCAGUGAGUUCAAGGAUUGGAUUUGAUACAACAAGGGUAUCAGAGAGACUUAGACAAUUGGUUAGGUGAUUGAUUAAUUAAAGCUAAUAGAAUGUGAUGUUUAGUUUUGUAACACUAUUAAUGGAAUGUGAUGUUUUGGGUGCUA